CCCUCUAGCCCCGACCUGCAAUCUGUAGUCUGUGCAGGAGUCACUCGAUACAAUGUUGACAAAAGAGUUGCUGAAAUAAUUUUCCCUUCCUUUAGUUUACAAUGGAUUUUGGAUAAACAAGAUCUAUUGAAGGAACGCCAGAAAGACUUGAAAUUUCUGACUGAAGAAGAAUAUUGGAAACUACAGAUAUUUUUUACUAAUGUUAUCCAGGCUUUAGGUGAACAUCUUAAAUUAAGACAACAAGUUAUUGCCACAGCUACAGUCUACUUCAAGAGAUUCUAUGCCAGAUAUUCCCUAAAAAGUAUAGAUCCAGUAUUAAUGGCUCCUACGUGUGUGUUUUUGGCAUCCAAAGUAGAGGAAUUUGGUGUUGUUUCAAAUACAAGGUUGAUUUCUGCUGCUACUUCUGUAUUGAAAACCAGGUUUUCAUAUGCCUUUCCGAAGGAGUUUCCUUAUAGGAUGAACCAUAUACUAGAAUGUGAAUUCUAUCUCCUAGAAUUAAUGGACUGCUGUUUGAUAGUAUAUCAUCCUUAUAGACCUUUGCUCCAAUAUGUGCAAGAUAUGGGCCAAGAAGACAUGCUGCUACCUCUCGCAUGGAGGAUAGUGAAUGACACAUAUAGAACUGAUCUUUGUCUGCUGUACCCUCCUUUCAUGAUAGCUCUAGCUUGCCUACACGUGGCCUGUGUUGUCCAGCAGAAGGAUGCAAGGCAAUGGUUUGCUGAGCUGUCUGUUGAUAUGGAAAAG